CACCGCGGGCGAACCAGCUGUCAAUGCCGGUGAUCAAGCUGUUUUGCCAAGUUUUGUGUUCUCCGUGCUAAAACCAUUUUCUGAAAAAACAUCCUUCCUGUGUGUAGCAUCGAGUGGAACUGUGCGUAAUGGCUUCGGAACGGUAUAGUUUUUCGCUGACCACCUUCAGCCCCUCGGGAAAGCUGGUUCAGAUCGAGUAUGCUCUGGCGGCGGUUGCGGCCGGAGCACCCUCGGUUGGCAUUAAGGCGGUGAACGGUGUUGUGAUCGCGACGGAAAACAAGCAGAAAUCAAUCUUGUACGAUGAGCACAGUGUGCACAAGGUUGAGAUGGUGACGAACCAUAUCGGUAUGAUCUACUCCGGCAUGGGACCCGACUAUCGGCUACUGGUGAAGCAGGCCCGUAAGUUGGCCCAGAACUACUACCUCACGUACCGCGAACCCAUUCCAACGUCGCAAUUGGUACAAAAGGUUGCCACCGUCAUGCAGGAAUACACGCAAUCAGGUGGUGUACGGCCGUUUGGUGUUUCGUUGCUGAUUUGUGGCUGGGACGAUGGCCGUCCGUACCUGUUCCAGUGCGAUCCAUCCGGUGCAUACUUUGCGUGGAAGGCGACGGCAAUGGGCAAGAAUGCAAACAACGGCAAAACGUUCCUCGAGAAGCGUUACAGUGAAGACCUCGAGCUGGACGAUGCGGUUCACACGGCGAUUCUUACGCUGAAGGAAGGGUUCGAGGGACAGAUGAACGCGGACAACAUCGAGGUGGGCAUUUGUGAUGCGAACGGUUUCCGCCGACUGGACCCAUCCGAUGUGCAGGACUAUCUGGCCAAUAUUCCAUAAGCUCAUUUUUCUGUUUAAGCGCUCGUGAAUGAAGCUUUUUGUCGGUAAUAUAGAGUUACACACUGCAGUGGGGUUGAUACUUUGGAAUAAAAUACUUUUCUUCAUGAGGAUAAUUCAAAA